AUCUCUGAACUCUGAGUAUCUGGCGCUGCUGUUGCUGUUUGGGUUUUCGUUUGUUUGACUCUGGGUCUGGACGACUACUGCUUGUGCUCGUUUUGUAAGGCUGAUGGCUGUUCUGUGUUCUGUCUGGCUGGCUAGCUUUUCGGCUUUCUCAGCAUAAGCCUCUGUAAAGGCAAAUUAGUGUAGUGUUUGUGUUGCACAGUCAUAUAGGACGCGUGAAUCUACAUCACAUCAUCGUAGUAUAUUUAUUUUAUUUACGAACAUAUCUAAGGACAGACAGGCUACAGUCUACAGUCAGUCCUUAAGGUUUUUGGUUUUCUGUUGAUACGUUGUUUUUUUUUGCCUCCUGUUUUAUACUUUAUUUGCGUCUUAUUCGAGAUUAUAUCGCCGGUCUUCAGAGACGUGCUCUUCCAAAAAAAAACAAAAAACAUUUUUGGUCAUAGUGAUAAGAUUUGAUUUUUUUAUUUGCAAACGAAUCAUAGUCGAGUCGAAGUGGAGUGGUUUCUGUGGUAGACCUAUUCUGUCUCAGAAACAAGAUAAGUUUUGUGUUGACAUUUAUUUUUGUUAUCAAUUUUGACAGCGUUGCGCUACAAAAUCAGAUAAACAAACUAUAAAAUAGACCGGUUGAACGAAAGAAUUAUUAUUGUUUGUGACUCGUACAUUGUUUUGCUCUGAUGACUUUCCACAAUCAUACCGAACUUUUAUGAAUGAGAUGAUCAAUAGUGAAUAACAAUAAUACACCUAUUGGGAACACAAUUAUCUAUCAAUGGAAUCUUUAUGAUAUGAGUGGCAAUAUACAGAACUUAUACUUAUCAAACCGGAAAAAACUAUUCGAUACUGAUUGAGACAUUUUCUUCUUCAAAACAAACAAAUACAAAACUCUGAGACAAGAUGAUUAAGGUCUUGGGAAGUUUGAAAGUAUAUCUUAAAAUACAAGAUAUUCAUACGGAUAAUGCAAUAUUUCGUUUGCAUAAUUCAUUCACAACGGCAUUGUUGCUGAUGUGCAGUCUAAUCAUUACCGCUACACAAUAUGUAGGUAAUCCAAUUAGUUGCAUUGUCAGUGGCAUUCCGGUGCAUGUGGUGAAUACUUUUUGCUGGAUUUCCAGUACGUUUACGAUGCCGGAUGCUUUUCGAAGACAGGUCGGAACCGAAGUUGCUCAUCCUGGUAUUGCUAACGAUUUUGACGAUGAACAAGCCAAGAAGUUCUACACCUACUACCAGUGGGUUUGCUUCGUACUCUUUUUCCAAGCAGCUGCAUGCUACACGCCGAAAUUUAUUUGGGAUCAUUUCGAAGGUGGAUUGUUACGUUCCAUUGUCAUGGGCUUGAAUUUAACAAUUUGCACAAAAGAAGAAAAAGAAGCUAAACGAGACGCAAUUUUGGACUAUUUAAUUAAACAUGUCAAGCGCCAUAAAAUGUAUGUUGCUCGUUAUUGGGCAUGUGAAGCUCUUUGCCUUUUCAAUAUCAUUAUUCAAAUGUAUCUUAUGAACAAAUUCUUCGAUGGAGAAUUUAUGACUUAUGGUACCCGAGUCAUGGGUCUAUUGGAUACCCCCCAGGAACAACGUGUCGAUCCAAUGGUUUAUGUAUUUCCCAGAGUCACCAAGUGUAUAUUCCAUAAAUUUGGUGCAUCUGGAACAUUGCAAAAACACGAUUCACUUUGCAUUCUGCCACUCAAUAUUGUCAACGAAAAAACAUACGUUUUCAUUUGGUUUUGGUUUGUCAUAAUGACAAUACUUUUAUUUGGACUUAUGAUAUUCAGAGGAAUUAUAUUUUUCAUGCCCAAGUUACGUCCACGUAUUUUGCAUUCUCGUAACCGCAUGAUCCCAAUCGAAACUUGUCGUUCUUUAUCUCGAAAGCUAGAACUGGGAGACUGGUGGCUCAUCUACAUGCUUGGACACAAUCUAGACCCUGGUGUAUACAAGGACGUUAUGGGUGAAUUUGCUAAGCAAGUUGAACCCGAAAACCAAUAUUAUCACUCGAAAAAAAACUUGGGAUAAGAAAUUGAUGAACAUACAAUAUGGCUGCCUUUUGAUGAAACGGAAACGAAAAAGUUUCUUAUCUUUAUUCGAAAACACACCCCAUCACGUAACGUAGUGCUAAUUAGAAGCAGUUUUUAGUUCUGUGAUUAAGAUAAAUAUUAUUUUAUAUAUAAAUAGUCGAAGAAAAUAGGGAAAUCAAACAAAAAGUUUUAACCUAUUUUGGUAUUUUUUUUUUGUAUGCAAUGAUCACAACUCGAAUCGAGAAGAAUUUAAAUUUUUAUAAAUAUUUAAGAAUUCUUUACUACUAUAUAACUUUAUUUAAAUUUAAUU